AUGGAAGGCAUGGACGCAGCUCAUCUUGAAGACCAGCUCGACCAUCCACUCGACCAACCGGUCGAGUUCCUCAACUCGACCGGCCAAGCUUCAACUCGAUCGAGCUGGGAGUCAAAGUCAAACCCGAAAAAUGUUGCUUCCCCCUUGACUUUCCCUUUGACCCUAAACCUAAUCCUCUUUGUCUUUUGGAGCAUAUGGGACAUGAGGAGCAUGGAGGGACUUGGCACAUGGAAGCAGCUCAACUGGAUACGCAAAGGAAGAAGGGAGAAGCCAUCUUGA